AUGGAGCUUCCAUUCAGCAACCUGGAACUGGCAUUCAUUUUAUUGGCUUUUGUUAUCUUUACCUUAUUUACUCUGGCUUCCCUUAUUUAUACUAAACCGGAUGAAAGAAAUGAAGACUUACAACACUUAUAA